UUUGCGGUGCAUUUUCUCCACAUUUUCCGGCACUGUCUUAUUGUUUAGUGCAAUUUGCAAUUAAGUGGAUUUUCUAAAAUUGAAAUGACGUCGAGACAGAGCAUUCAUUCACCUAGAGAUAUUGGCGGCUCUAAAUCGCCAACAAGAAGUGUUAUUAAUCAAAGUGGAAGUCCGAGUCCGCAACGUGUUAAGAUUCAUAAGGAAAUGAAUGAAAUAGAAGAUGCAAAUAUAGUUGACUCUGAAGAUGAUGUGGAAUACACAAAUAGGCCGAUUUCAGUAAUAAAAGGCUAUGUACCAGACUAUACGCCAGAGAGUGCCAUUCCGCCUCCUAGUCCUCGGCAGGAACAAAAAAAACUGCAUCCGCAUGGACCGAAGAAUUCACAAAAACAAUCGUUGAAAAUUGAAAACAAAGAAAGUCCAAACUCGUAUAUAAAAUAUAUUUUUUAUGCAAUUAUUAUUAUAUUCCCUGUACUUGCUGGCUCGCAAAUGUUUAUGAAGCCGAAAGUGAAAACCUGCGACUUUAAGGAACUACGUCGACAGCUGCCAUUGCAAUCGACAGAUGUAUGGGAGGCAUUACAAAUUAAUAUUCAAUUACUGCUGAAUAAGCGGAUCGAUUCUCCAAAUAUCUACUUGUUCUUGCACUCGAGCGAGAGCAACGGUAGUAAAAUACAAAAACUUAUUCAGGACAUUGCCCUGGAGACAUCCAAGUGUUUUGAUGGUCGGCCACCCAUAAAAAUGAGCCUAAAGGAUUUUGAAACGCAGAACGGCGAUGACUACGGAUAUCCCAUUGAGCAGUACAAAAAUAAACUCAAGGAUGGCAACGUUUUCCUUAUUGAAAAAUUAAAUGAUAUUCCGCCAAAUGCAGCACGUGCGUUGCACACAAUAUGCGAAACCCACAGUCCUAUUGAUCCAGAUGUGGUCAUCUUUUUGACUCUGCGCACAAACCUUUUAACCGCUGGACGAAAUGCAGCGACAUUGGCUGAUCUCACAUUGCGGGAAUUGUGGAAGGAUGUGCCGGAUCAUGAACUGGGUGCCUUAAUAACGCGUGUAAUUGAUCAGGUUUUGCUAUUGCAGGCCUAAAUACGUAUAAGCUUAAGUACUAUAUAAGUACAUAUUAUUAUUUAUAAUUGUUCGACUUUAAAGCACCACAAUUCGGCGAGAAAUGCCAGCAAGCUGCAUGUCAUGCCAAAACACCACAGCAAUAUUAGCCCAAUAAAGUUGUCAAUGCCCAGUUGAACGGGUCCAAUA